AUGCCUGGCAUCGAGCCGCCCGAGAAGUCCGGCCUGGCGGGUCAAUGGCGGAACCGAGGCGACGACACCGCAACCACCAGGCUGCCCUCCUUCUACUCCCCAAGGACCACUCCCCGCGAUAGCGACAGUGACGUCGACACCGACGUCCCUGACGCUGCGCUCGAUGGCCAAGCGCCAGCAGCCCAGACACAACAGCCCCCAACCUCCAACCCAAAUCAAGACGAGGCCCGUAUAGCUGAGCCACCGCCAUCUCUCCUCAGCCCGUCAUUCACCCCUCCCUCAACACCAGGCACUGCCACGCCUCCUACGUCUGUUUCUUCCGUCACUGGCGCACCGGUCGGGAAGCCACCCACCACUCUGCGCCCAGCACGCGCCGUACCUGUCGAUUCUACCCUUCCCGACUCCACAUCCGGCUGCGGUACCAAGCGCCCGCGCCUCGUCGAGCGCUUGCCCCAGGUCGAGUGCAUCGUCCGGGCGCGCAUACCCACUGUCGCAGGCACAGAGAUGUUCCUGCACUUGUACUCAAACGAUGUCGACAAUAAGGAGCAUCUGGCCAUUGUGUUCGGGGAGAACAUACGGAGCAAGAGCUUGGACGCUCCCCGGCCGGGAGAGACGGAGAACGACCGGAUGGUGCGCGGGGCUUACGUUGGGAGGCUGUACCCUGGACGCACAAGCAGCGGUAUGCCACAAGGCCAGUCCGAAGAGAGCGAGGCACCCAAGUCACAAAGCGGCAGCGACAUUCCCCUUGUGCGCAUACACAGCGAGUGCUACACGGGCGAGACGGCAUGGUCGGCACGGUGCGACUGCGGCGAGCAGCUCGACGAGGCGGCCAGGCUGAUGUCGCUGCCUUCGAACAAAGCCGGCGGCAUCAUCAUAUAUCUGAGGCAGGAGGGGCGGGGUAUCGGUCUAGGGGAGAAGCUUAAGGCGUACAACCUGCAGGAUCUCGGGUCGGACACCGUCGAGGCGAACCUACUGCUGAGGCACCCCGCGGAUGCGAGAAGCUACGGUCUGGCUACUGCUAUGCUGGCAGACCUCGGCCAGAAAGACAUCAAACUGUUGACGAACAACCCGGACAAGAUCCGGGCGGUGGAGGGGCCAAACAGGGAGAUAGUGGUCAGAGAGAGAGUCGAGAUGGUACCAUUGAGCUGGAGGGGCCGGGGCGGCUUCAGGAGCAAGGAGGUGGAGGGAUAUCUGAAGACCAAGAUCGAGAAGAUGGGACACAUGCUCGAUAUGGACUCGGGGUCACAGUAA